CCGGAAGCGCCUAUCGGAACCCGAGCGGGCGGCCGCCAUGGCGGGCAGAGGGCAGGUGUGCUACGCGCUGUUAUGCGGGCAGGCGGCGCUGCUGCUGGGCAACCUGCUGUUGCUCCAAGGCGUGUCGCGGAGCCACCAACACAACGCCACCGACAGCCCCGCCGGAGUCACGCUAGGCCAAGACCAGCAGCAACAACUGGACCCAACCGCAACUGCCGCCUCCAGCGUCUGGGAAGCUCAAGGCCCUUACGUUCUCUGCGACUACCUACCCGAGGAGUUCAUAGAGUGUGACGCUCCUGUGGAUCAUGGUGGAAAUUCAAGUGCACGAGAUGAAAUGGGCUAUGGAUGUCUCAAGUUCGGUGGCCAAGCAUAUAGCGAUGUAAGCCACACUCAGGUCCAAUGUAAGGCACUGGAUGGCAUCGAAUGUGCAGGUCUGCGAACCUUUCGGCGUGGGAAUAAGCCAUGCAUUAAGUACACUGGACACUACUUCAUCACCACUCUUCUCUACUCAUUUUUCUUGGGUUGCUUUGGAGUGGAUCGUUUCUGCCUGGGGCACACGGGCACAGCUGUGGGGAAACUGCUCACUCUUGGAGGACUUGGGAUCUGGUGGUUUGUGGACUUGAUUCUCCUUAUCACUGGAGGACUGAUGCCCAGUGAUGGAAGCAACUGGUGCACCAUUUACUGAAAGGCUACAAAUCUGACUGGACCUAAACCAAAGAAGCUCAGCUGGAGACCUGAUACUUAAAUCUUGUCUUGUAGCAAGCAUAGAGACAUUUUGCACUGGAAGUAGGUCCUCCAAGAAUGGAAUUAAGAGAAAAAUGCUAACCAUAAUUCUGCUGUACAUACCUCAUUGUCUUGUUUAAAUUGAAGCUGUGCUUUUCUUGCCCAUAAAGAACUGGGAAGACUUCUACCCUGUAGAAUAAACACGCUCAAUGGAUUUACCACUGUCAAAAAGGUGACCUCCAACAUUUGGAACACCUUCACCAUCUGGAGUUCUGCAGCUGGCCCACUAGAAAACUGGAGGAGUCAAGUUAAAUCAACUAUCACACAGAGUUUGUGUAAUAGAUGUUCCUACCUUGCUGUAGGGCACUGGAGAAGGUGACCUUCAACCUAAAAGAUCUAUGAUGGAUGGUAUUGUGUCCUGUUCCCCCACACACACAGUUUUGUCUCUUGAUUUUUAAAAAAAAAAAAAAAACCCUAGCUUGUCCACUUUUGAUUGGGAUUGUUUGGUUUGUUCAUACAAAGAGACUAAGAGCUUGUUGGA